AUGACCGCCAUUCCCGACGGCAAACCCCCUUACGGAGGCGAAGAACCUCCCGUUUACUCUGAAGAGGGCGGCAAAGACGCCGAAGAAAUUGUCCAGCCCCGAGUCCUUGUCCUCCACGGCCGCUUCAUCUACGCCGAGGUGACCUCGGGUGUGGCCGACUCCGAACCCCUGUACCAGCUGUCACGGGCAAUCCACGCACAGGGACGCGUGACACAAACCAUCGAAUUCCAGCGCGUGGACUACCGCGUGCGCACGACAGCCAACGGGUCGCCUGCAGUGUCGAAACGAUUUAAGGAUCUGUACAUCAUGCGUUAUAUGCCUCCGCUGGCAUAUCUGGGCACGCCCUUCCAGGCCAGCCUACAGCCCCAGUCCCGACACACCGUCGGUGAAGUGCAGAUUGUCAAGAGCCCUAUCUUCCAUUCUGGCUAUCGGGCGCUCAAGGUUCUCUCUGAAUCUGAAAUGGCAAGGUUGAAAAGGGAGGGUAAGAAGGUGAAGAAGGAUGGGUACCAUUUUGUCAUGAAAGAGGGUGAAGCUGGCGCUUGGGAAUGGACAAACAACGACGGGACACUUGUAGCUAGACAAGUCUGUGAGUCCCGUUCUGGGGAUGCCAACGAAGUCGAACACAGGCUGCUGGUGCUGGUACCUCUGCCGAGACAGACUUUGGAUGGCCUAGUGGCUAUGUGGUGUCUGUGGAUGUGGCAUCUACAUAUUACAGCGACGACAGUGAGGAAGACGUGGGAAGACCGUGAGUAUUCCUGCCGUGGCCCCUCUCUUGAUUGGCUGUAA